CACGGAUCAUGUGAUCAACCGUAGAAGCGCGCAGGGCAGGAUCCGUUGUCACCGGCGAUCAGCUGUCUCUUUCACCCCGAAGACACCGGAGGAGGAGGAUCAAAAUGUGCACCAGCGUCCAGCCUGUUGAAUGGACCACCGACCCCAAGAACCUGAAUUUUGAUGGCAUCGUCUUAGUGACCCAGAGCUAUGACACAUUGCCCUCCGAGCUCGAGUGUCUGAAGGCACCUCUGCAGGACUACAGCUCUGUGGACAGCGGUCUUGGGGAGGAGGUGGUGGUCCUCAGGGUCCCCGGUCUCCCUGGUAACCGCCUGGUGUUUGCCUCCACCGGCCCAGUAAACCGUGACUAUGAUGAUGUCAGGCGCUUCAGUGACGCAGCAGUCAACGGCAUCAAACGGGCCUUGAAAGCUGGCAUGCAGCGCCCCUUGCUGGUCUGCCCUCCACACAAGGACUAUCAGAGCAACACCUUGGUGGCUGCACUCGGGGCCCUUCAUGCUCUCUACAUGCCCCUUGAAGUGAGGGAGGGGAAUGUGAAACCCGCUGACCACAAGGUGUGUGUUCUGGGCCUGUGGGCUGCACAGGAGGCUCAGGGAAAGAGGCUGGUGGAGUUAGCUGAAGCUCUGGAGAGCGGGAGACUGGCAUGUCGUGACAUUGGUGGCUCCGACCCUGAGCGCAUGGCUGCUCCUCGUGUGGCAGAUUACGUCCAGGAACUCUUCAAGGACAGCCCUGUGCAGGUGGAAGUGGUGAGUGACCUGAAGGUUCUGGAGAAAGAGUAUCCCUGUCUGGCUGCAGUCAACCGCUGUGCCAACAGUGUACCUCGUCACCAGGCCAGAGUGGUCAAGCUGCAGUACUGUGGAGAAGGACCAGUCCAGAAGACGCUCAUGUUGGUGGGAAAGGGCAUCACCUACGACACCGGAGGAGCUGACAUCAAAGCCGGUGGAAUCAUGGCUGGGAUGCACAGGGACAAGUGUGGAGCGGCUGCCGUCGCCGGCUUCUUCCAGAUUCUAGCCAAGCUGAAGCCAAAACAUCUGAAGGUUGUUGGCUCGAUGGCCAUGGUGAGGAACAGUGUGGGUGCAGACUGCUACGUGGCCGACGAACUGGUGGUUUCCCGUGCGGGUCGCAGAGUGAGAGUGGGAAACACUGAUGCCGAGGGACGUAUGGUGAUGGUCGACCUGCUCUGUGAGAUGAAGGAGAAGGCCGUACGUGAGACUUCUCCUCAGCUGUUUACUAUCGCAACUCUGACUGGUCACGCAAUCAGAGCCAUGGGCCCCAACUACUCUAUCAUCAUGGAUAAUGGACCCGCCCAUCGCGGUGGGAAUGCUGCUCAGUGGCAGAAAGCUGGAGAGGUAUUGGGCGACCUGUUCGAGGUGUCCAGCAUCAGACGAGAGGACUACGAGUUCCACAAGGGCAAAUCUGAGUAUGAGGAUAUUCUGCAGUGCAACAACCUGCCAUCCUCAGCUACGCCUCGAGGACAUCAGACUCCUGCGGCUUUCCUGAUCAUGGCCUCAGGGCUGGACAAGCAUGGUGUGGACUCGAAUGCACCUCUGCCAUACUCUCACAUUGACAUUGCCGGGUCCAGUGGUCCUUUCCCUGGUGUCCCAACGGGAGCUCCCAUCCUCGCCAUGGCGACCAACUACAUUAUGUCUAAUGCUCUCUAAACAGAUACCCCACGUAUGACAGACUACGGUCUCUGCACUCAAUCCCAACACAUAUUUGUAAACGUCCAAAUAUAAACAAAUUCCCUGCCACAACAUGUAUGCAAGAUGUGCAGUUUUUCAUGUCAGACUUUCCUAAUACCUCAGAUUGCUUUUCUGCAAGAAUGUUAUGUAUUUUUUAAGAUCUUGUGACAUUCGUCUUAUCUGCACCAAGUGUCAAAUGACCCUGCUCUCAAGUGGCCUGAAUUCAAAUAUACUCAGGGGUUAACUGACAGUAUAAAAAUAUCAUCCUUUUUUAUGUGUCUGUAUGUGUCUGUGACAAACCGGGGAAACAGUUGUGUGAUUAAUGAUGCGGUGUGCCAGUCCAACCAAGUACUACUCACAGAUCAAUAAAACAAAUCACAGAUCA